AUGGGUGCUGCAGCGUCGGCGUCGCCACGAGAAAAUGAAUCGGACAUGACUCCGCGUACCGCCGGGGAUCUCGCCUUGUUCGGUGCGAUCCAGCGCGAGUAUGAUCAAAUGGCGAUAGAGAAUCUUGGCAAUGAAGUCAUCUUCGAGCGUAUGAAGCAGAUUUGCAAAACAGCUUAUGCUCCUCGAGACCCCAACGCCCCAAGGUCGACACCUGCCAUUGGACGUGGGCUUCAUCGGCGUGCAUCCGACCCUCAUCGAAAGAAGCGCGAAGUCGUGUACUCGAAAGGCCUGGAUAUGACCAGAGAUGUACUGCCCAAGCGACAAUCGGAAUCAAAAACCCCAGAGUGCGCUGCCAUGCUUAAAAAAGCACUUCAGUGCGUCCUCUUUACCGACUCCAGCGACGAAGAAAUGGAUCGACUGCUUUUCCUCAUGAAGAGAAUCAAGGUUGAAGCCGAGCAAAACGUGAUCAAGCAAGGCGAUCUCGGCGACCAGUUCUAUGUCGUGCACUCAGGAUCGCUCGAGGUCAUCGUCAACACUGCCGUUCUCGGAUAUCUGAAACCGGGAGAUCACUUCGGCGAGCUGGCACUCAUCUAUGACGCUCCUCGUGCAGCCACCGUACGCGCUGCAACGAACUCGAUUUUGUGGACACUCGACCGUGAUGAGUUCCGUAUGAUGCAGGCUCGGUCGUCCAGUGAUUCGCUCGUGAAACGCGCCAAGUGGUUGCGUCAGGUUGAAAUCCUCGCCAGUCUAUCUGAGCGACAGCUUGCUCUGUUAGCAGGAGUCUUGAACGCUGUGAUCUACUCAGAUGGCGAGAUGAUCAUCAAGCAAGGCGACGUGGGAGACACCUUCUUCAUUGUGGAGGAAGGCAAUGUAUCCUGUCAAAUGGAAGGCCCUCGUGGCUUCAAAAACUCCGACGCGAUGAGGACCGAGCUCGCUAUCUUGGGUCCAGGCGACUACUUUGGUGAGAUGGCACUGCUUAGCGACAUGCCCCGCAAUGCCAGUAUUUACGCCAAAGGUAGUGUAAAAUGCCUCAGUCUUGGGCGACAGGAAUUCGACUCUAUACUUGGCCCACUCACCGACGUACUGGACCGCAACAGCCGCAUUCGCAUACUGCGUACAAUUCCAGCGUUUGCGACCAAGUCUCAAGAAGCUCUCGAGUACGCUGUUUCGCAGCUUGAGAUUAAGGCCUACCAAGACUCUCAGUGCAUCUUCCGACAAGGAGAUAUCGCAGUGGCUUUCUAUAUCGUCAAAUCUGGAUGUGUCAAACUCAUCAAGAAGCGCCAGGACGGCAAUAACAAUCUCGUGACCGAAGAAGUUUUGCUGAAAGCCAACGAUACCUUCGGCGGAGAAGUGUUCGAACAGGCUGACACGUACACUUGCACAGUCAUAUCAGCGGGUCGAUCCCAGUGCCAGCGGCUCAAAGUGUCCUCUCUCGCUCGGUCCGGCUCUCGUCAGUUCACCCAGCGCGUGAAUAUGGGAGAACACGGACGAAUGAAAAGCUGCACUCUUGCGUUGGACGAUAUUCAAGUGGCCGGCGUGUUGGGUGAAGGUUCCUUCGGCAAAGUCGUUAUGGUCCAUGCACUCGUGGACGGCGCAGAGGAGCAGCCAAUGGCUCUCAAGAUCAUGGCCAAAUCUCACAUUAUCGAGUCGGACCAACAAGUCCAAGUCAUGCGCGAAAAGCAGGUUCUGAUGACAAUUCCGAAACACCCAUUCAUUGUAGACCUGUACGCCACAUAUCAGGACGCGAAUAACUUGUACAUGCUGAUGGAGUUGGUUCAAGGUGGUGAGCUCUUUACGCUUCUUCACAACGAAGAGUUCAUCGAGACUGUUGAUGAGUCGUCCGUCCGGUUCUACUCGGCAAAUGCACUUCUCGGCCUACAGCAUAUGCAUCGAUAUGACUACGCAUACCGAGACCUCAAACCCGAAAACUUGCUGAUCAGUCGUGAAGGAUACCUGAAGUUCGUCGACUUCGGCUUCGCCAAGAAAAUCCCAUUCACAGUUAUCAACAGCGACGGCAAUGAAGAAGUUCACUCGCGCACUUUCACUCUCUGCGGUACGCUAGAGUACCUCGCACCCGAAUUCGUCCUCAACACGGGCCACGACAUCGCCGUAGAUUACUGGGCGCUUGGAAUCCUGAUCUACGAGAUGUUGGUCGGCUACACACCGUUCGGCACUGGCGAUGGUGACACCACACAACUGUUCCGCAACAUCGCCAUGAUUCGAACGGGAGCCAACUCGGUGGACUUUCCAUUUCAUCUUCAGGAAAACUGCCCACACGCUUGUGAUCUUGUGCGCCGUUUGCUGCAAGGAGACCCCACGAAGCGUAUCGGCGUAGGCAUCAAUGGCGACCAGGAGCUGCGGCAGCAUCCGUGGUUCAGCAGAAUCGAGUGGGACAAGCUCUACAGCAUGUCACUGGAACCACCUUACCUACCACCCCUCAGCGGCAAGUAUGACAUCUCACUGUUCGAAGGUGAAAUCGGAAACCGAGCCAGAGAUCGAGCUUUUGACGGCCAAGGAGAUGAAUACUUUGUCGGCUUCUAA